AUGGCAGACGAAGAGAAGGAGAAGGCGGAGAAGAUCGCAGCGGCGAAGAAACGCUACGAACAAUUGAAGAAGCAGAAGGCGAAGAAGGCGGGCGGAGGAAAGAAGAAGGGAGACAAGACUGAGGAACCCGCCGAAGCCGAAGCCUCGACUGAAACCCCGACCGAAGCAACUUCUCCCGAAGAGAAGCCCGAACAGGUCGCGCCAGAACCCGUAGAAGCUACAAGCGUGCCAGAGCCGCCAGCAGAGGACGAUGACGAGCCCUCGGAGCUAGCCGUACCCAAGCCGUCGCACGGCCGCAAGCCCUCAGUCGCCGUUGAUUCGCGACAGCGCUCCGAAUCUUUCUACCGCUCGGGAGCCGCUGGUGGACCUCUGUCGCCUGGAGGAGGGGUUGCAAGCGAGGUCUACCGGGAACAAGCACAGAAGAUCGAGGAGCUCGAGAAGGAGAACAAGCGUCUGACAAGCGAAGUUGAAGAGAACCAGACCAGAUGGAAGAAGGGCGAGGAAGAAUUGGAGGAACUGCGAGAAGGCAGAGGUGAUGUCGCGCUCGCUGUAGAGAAAGGCAAGGAGGCUGACAAGCUGAAAGCCGAAGUCGAAUCGCUAAAGAGGCAACUUGCGCAGGCGCAAACGCAGAGCAACAAGUCCACACGCCGAACGUCGACCGCAUCGCCUAGCCAAAGCGCAUCCAUCGACGAUCUGAACGCGCAAGUCGCUUCAAAGUCCGCGACUAUCGAGUCACUCGAGCUGGAAAUAUCGAACGUCAACAGACAGCUGUCAGAGCAAACGAACAAGAACAACGAGCUUCAGUCGAAGAUUACAAGCCUGGAAUCGGCAGUACAAAGGGCAGAACAAGAAGGAAGCUCAACGAAGACUGAGUUACAGGAUCUCAAGGCGAGCCUGGACAAGGCUGGUGAUCAGGCAGAGAAGGAUGGUUCAGAUCGCGACUCUGCGCAGACGCGCAUUGCGCAACUGGAGGCUGAGUUGGGCACCGCGAACCGCAAGGCCUCAGACUCGGUCUCGCGCGCAGAGUUGCUGGAGAAGAAGAUCGAGACUCUUACACAGCUACACCGCGACAACGACUCACGAAACCAAACACGCCUGCAAGAGCACAAGAAGAUCGAGCGCGAAGCAACAGAACUACGAACCCGUAUAACAGGUCUCAGCAAUGAGAACGCGCGUCUCCGAGAGGCAGAGCAGCGUCGCCGCAAGGCAGACCUCGGCUCUAUUGAGGACUCCAGUGUUCAAGAGCUCUUAGACGAAGAGCGCGACCGUCUCCUCGCUAAAGUGCGCGAGCUCGAGGAAGAGAACUUUGAGCUCCGCCGUGGCGUAUGGCGCGACCGUCGCCGCGACAUGCAACCCCCCAUCGACGACCAAGCAGACGCCUCGCACCCCUACAAUAGCUCCAACAGCUUCGACGACGUCGACCUCUCUGGAGCACCAUCCCGUCAAGCCCUCCCCAACCGCACACACUCGUCCUUCCAAGACGUCAUCCAGUCUGGCAUCUCAGCCUUCACCGGCCAGAACCCCGCGCAUCGAAGAAGCGACGCAGCGAGCAAGCCGAAGCCGAGACAAGAGAGCCUGGGUAGUUUGGACGAGUUUGAGAUCGAUGAGGAUGCGUUUAGGCAGGCGCAGGAAGAGGAGGGCAAGAAGAGACUUGAGAGAGUCAGGGAGGUUAAGAGGGGCCUUGUGCAGUACAAGGGCUGGAGACCGGACUUUGUGGACGUCAGGGUGGGGAUGGGUGGUGUCUUUGAGAUAUAA